UACAAGACAAAACUAGCAACACAUGCUUUAGCCAUGUGUUACUAACUGAAGACAUUGGUAGAAACAUAUAAUUUUGGACCAAACCGGACCUAUGGCAUGUGUGUAAAUAUAAUUAGCUGGAACAUGGAGUCUUCCACAGUUGCAGAGUGCAAAGCAAAGAAAAGGAAAAACAGCACCCACACAGCUCAGGGGGAGGCUAAGAGAUUCAAAACUGAGCAGCGAGAUGAUGAGGUGCUGCAGCGUGGACCUGCCUGUUGCUUGCCAAGGGUUUCGGUAUUGCCUGACCGCCUUCAGCAACCGAUCGCCUUGAAUGAACUGACAGAGCUGCUGCAGUAUGCUGCUCUCGGGAAAACAGGUGGCAUCAAAAAGCCCAGUUGGUGCCGUCUCCGCCAUCACAGAAAAGUUAAAGGUGUAAAUGUUGUGAUUGUGGAGGACCUGACGCAGAAUCACUUUUACAAACACUACCUCGGUCUGCAGCACCUCAGGACCAGCUACACCUCUAGGGUCACCUUCACGCCAUCAUCUGUAGAUGUAGUAUCUGGAAUCUUUUCCAGUCAAGUUCCCAAACAGGACGGUUUGUCUGUCUCCAAACCAGAUGAGGAACUGCAGGAAGCGAUGAAGAACCACCCAAUCAUCACUGUGUUUGGGACCGAGAGGAGAGGACUAACAGCAUAUGUUCUCACAGAGAAGGAGAUGAUCAAGAAUAACUACCCCGUUAAAGGAAUGCCUGGCUUUGAGGAAUUUGUGUGCACAAACUGCACUGACUGUGUGACUGACAGCAGCCCCCUCUUUGGAAUCGACUGUGAAAUGUGUGUAACAGAAGAUGGCAAAGAGCUAACUCGUGUUUCUCUGGUGGACGGUGAUGGGAAGUGUUUAAUGGAUGAGCUGGUGAAACCUCCGAACCACAUUCUCAACUACUGUACCAAAUUCUCUGGUAUCACACCUGCGAUGUUGCAACCAAUAACAACGACUCUGCAGGAUGUUCAAGAAAUGCUUAUUAGGAUUUUGCCACAUGAGGCAGUUCUGGUGGGCCAUUCUCUUGAACAUGACCUCAUAGCUUUGAAACUCAUCCACAAGCAUGUAAUUGACACGUCAUUGCUGUACAAGAGGGAGUGUGGGCGGAGGUUUAAGCUCAAGUUUCUGACUGGGAUCAUACUGAAGAGGAAAAUACAAACAGAAGAUAUGUUGGGUCAUCAUCCAACUGAGGAUGCUCUGGCAGCCCUGGAGCUGGCCCAGUACUUUAUCAAAACAGGACCUCGCCAGGUUUUAGAGAUUCACUGGAAGGCGCUGUGGAGAGAAACAAGAGAGGAGCCCUCAGAGAGUCACAGGUUUUCUGACGUGCUACACGCACUUGGACAUUCAGUAGCCUUUUUAGGAAAAGAUUCCAGUCACAAGCAGUGUAACUCAGACAAAGAGGUGCUUAAAUCUUUCCGAAAUCUGAAAACGCAGCCGUUCUUCUCCGUCCUUCAGUUUUCCACCUUGUCAAACCAUUUGAAGAGUUACUUCCCUCAUCAGGAGCGGCACCAUCAGAUGACUUGCUCAAGACUUCAGGACAUGUGUGUAGUGUUAGCUGGGCCGUUCCCCACAGGCUUCUCUGAUGGAGACGUGAAGCAGCUGUUUAGUUUCUGCGGAGCCGUUCGAAAAGUCAAGAUGUUGAACACAGUGGUCAGGGUUCACGCAAAGAUUGAGUUUGAGUUGCUGGAGGGAGCGAUGCUGGCGGUAAAAACUCUGAAUGGCCUUAAUGUGCUCGGGCAGACUAUAAAGGUACAGAGGCCGGUGUGUGAGUCAGUGCUAGAUCUGGAUGUGACUCUUGAAGCACUGAUGGGUGACGCUCUGAAUGCCCGUCACCUCUACGCUGUUAAAAUGAACCACAGUAUGGCUGAGUGCAUCAGCACUUCCACAAAAGUUAAUGGGCAUGUGUCAGAUGCUGAACGCUUAGAUGUCACUCCUGUGAAAACAGUAAACGGGCUACCUCCAGCUAAAAUAAACAAAUGGUUGCAUCUCAAUACCUCUAAAUCUGAACUGUGUGAGGAGUCAGUCAGAGAGACAUUUGGCCACUUUGGCACAGUGAAGAGAGUCAUCCUAUCUGCCAAGCCUAAAGAAUCCACAGGAUAUGCACACAUAGUGUUUGUGAAUUCAGAGGACAGACGCGCAGCGCUCAACUCUACUGAGGAUCUGUGGAAGAAGAACUACCUCAUCUGUCCAUCGCUGACGCCGGUCCAUUUGCCUUCAUGGGUUGGAGCAGAAAAUAAGGAGACAACCCACAGGCACAGCAGCGCUCAGAAUUGUUGUCUAAAGGCGAAGAAAGAUGCCCAACGGAUUUACUUUACCAAAUUGACCAUCCCAGCCUUGCCGUAAUGGUCCAUUUGAUUCACCUUUUAUUAUUUAUUUUAUUUUCAUUAGCUGAAUCCGGGACAGACUUGAUUGGGGGAAAGAAAGGGGAGAAAGAAAAACAACUGAGAAGAGGGACGGGGAAAAAGGGCAAAAAACAAAAACCAACAGAAUAAGCAGACAAAAAAUACAUAUAUCGAUCACCUGGAUCACCUGUUGAGAAAGAAAAAAGAAAACAAGCAGAAGAAAACGAGAGCAACAUAAUAAACAACAUCACAAUGAUAUAUGGGAAUAUGACAGUAAAUACUAAAUAUUAAACAUUAUUGUGCAGCACGUAAGAUCGACAGCGCACAGUGUGCUUUGAGGUAGGAGCCAAAAAGGGUGUAGUUUGUGUGUGUGAGCACCCGUGUGUACACCUGUGAGCAUGGACGCGCUUGUUUUUAAAAGGUUCCUUCAUGUAAUGAUCUGCUAGAGGGUGUGGGGGGCCACUGCCCCGUCCUCCAGGGCAUGAAGCAGGUAUGGAGGAGAUCAAGACUCCAGACAUCCAGAGGCCCUCAGAACACAAGAGACCAAGGAAGACCAACAGAGGGGCAGCCGCGCCACUAUCCCAGAAAGAGCUGAGGAGAGUCCCAGAUGAGGGGUCACUCAGCAGCCGCAGAGCAGAAGCCAGGGGGGGUUGCAGUGACGUGCCCGUGAGCUCCGCCGGCAGCCAGCUGUGCCUGAGUGACCGAGCCCCAGGCCGAGAGGCCGAGGGUACCCCACCCCCGAAGUGGCCCGAGCGAGCCCCAGGCUCCAGGCCCCGAUAAGCAGCUGCCAAGGAGUGAGCUGGUGUGUACCUGGGCGCCCAUCCCCGGACACAAAGAACCACCAACACACUGAUGUCUGAGGGCGUCCGCCACCGGCAGGGGAAGUGGUGGGGGGAGAUAGGCCUCCAAACCUUGGAGGACCUGAGAUGUCCCCAGAGAGGUGGCGUCUGAUACCCAACCUGACAUAUAAACACAGACAUACAGGCACACACAGAUACAAACAUCCAUUCCCACCCUCAUGCUCUCAUAGGCAAUUACUCCACACUCAACCAACGUGGAGACAGACAUAAAGAGACGCUGUACACACAAUCACACUCCCCAAGCGUACUCUAAGAACCGGGUCUAGGUACCCUUGCCCCUGGAGGGGGAAACUGCACCCAAACCUAGGUGGUGUUACCCUUUUCCCUGCGGUGGGGAGAAGCAGACCCACCCGACUCCGCAGCAGCAGGGAGGCCCCACACCCCAGACCCCAGUCGGACGGCCAACUCCUCCUCCUAGCCCCCCCGCUCCAGCAGGCCGCAGAGAACGGGGGUGUGAGAAGACUCCAAACCUCCCUCUACCCGCUCAUAUGUAGUGUUGAUGUAUGUGUGUUCUAAGGUGCAUUUAAAACCCAGGAGGGCAUGGAGCUACCUGCCAGAGAGCAGCAGGUAAGCGCAUAGCCCCUCCUGAUAGCCCUCAAUGUCUACGUGUAUUUAAAAUUGAGAGGUGGGCAACGACGCCAGGGGUGCGGUGUACACCCUGAUGGUAAUUUGGAUUCCGUGUAGCCUGCCCACCCCCAAGAUCCUAUAUGUAUGUGUAAUGAGAGUGUGAGUAAUGUGAAUGUCUAAGUUGUGGGAUAAAAUUGAGGUGGAGGCAGCCAGAAGGGGACAGAGGGGGGGGAUGCCUCCUCUGCACCCUGGUGACACAUCCCUACCCCAAGGCCCUGCAUGUGUGGGUGAUUGUGGUGGAGCGGGAAGAGGGAGGCAAAAUAAUUCUCAUCUUUUAUGAACCAUUUGAAUUUUCUUUCUAGCCAAAAAUGGUUGAGAGGGGAAGCCAAUCAAAAAGCAGGCUGACCUGAAAGUGAGGGGAGUUAAAACGACCUUUUUUCAGAAAGCGCAUGAACUCAGGGCCUGCUAACAGGGCAGAGCUACUCCAGUCAAGUCAAGCAUAAAAAUAUUGAUCUGGAAAUGUGCACAAAAAAGUCUCAUUUGAAAUGUUUUUUUUUCUCCAAGGUUCUGAAUUCAAUACUGUUGUUUUCUUAGAACAAGUAUUUCAACCAUCCUGGGUCAUAACACAGUUCUGCUGUGUCAUCCUAUAAAAAUCCAAAAUAAAAAGGGAAAAAAGAAAGGCUACACCAAGAAGAAACAUCACACACAGAUGACUUCACUAAUUAAGAAUAUUACCAACAAUAUAAUAUAGUAAAGUCUUACAGAAGAAUUUGAGUCUCUGUUAGUUACUUUUAUUCUUUCCUAUCUGCACACUUUCUGAACGUGUGGUCAGGUUUUAUUGAGUCGAAAUGUGACUAGUAAUUAAUUGUGCAAAAUCAAACUGAUCCUAGAAUUCAGACAGCAUGUCAGCACCACAAAAGAGAAAAAAGAAAACAAGGCAUGAAAUCUAAAUAACUCUGUAGACCGCAGGGAUAAAACUGCAGCCUUGAGCUCACAGUAUAUCAGGGUUACUCUGAGCAGAGGCCAAGUGACAGCCCCACUGGAGUUUGUUAAAUUGGAUUUAAGAGUACGAGAAAUAGAAAGCUGGAUAGUGCUGGGACCAUGAUUAUCUUUAGAUGCUUAGCUGGCACGAUCUUACAAAUACAGAUCCCCAUGGUGAGUGUGAUAAGCUGCUGUGUUUAAUGAAUGGAGUCAUAGUAUGAUGGAUGUCAUCAUGUGGUUUCAGGAUAUCUCCGUGUGAUUGGUUGAUAUAGAUAAUGCUGCAUUGUGUUUUUUUCUUUUAUAAGAAUCCAAUCUCAGCAUGUUCCUGUAAUAGUUAUGCUGCAAUAUGUUUGUGCAGAUGACUGCGCCUGGCUCUGCUGGAGGUUUCUUCCUGUUAAAAGGGAGUUUUUCCUUCCCACUGUCGCCAAGGAGCUUGCUCAUAGGGGAAUCAUAUGAUUGUUGGGGUUUUCUUGCAAUAAAAAGCACUUUGAGGCAACUCUUGUUGUGAUUUGGAGCUAUAAAAAUAAAAUUGAAUUCAAUUAGGACAGCUAAAAGCAUCUUUGGUAAUUAGAUUUUUCAGAAUAUUAUUGAUGUACAGAACAUGUAUAAUGAUGACUCUUAUGUUUCAUAUGCGUAGGAACAGCAAAUAGAUGUCG